UGAUAACCAUUAUCCUAAAAAAAAGGGGCUCUUAUUUAGCCACGCACACACGUAAAGCCAGUACUUGCCCAAAUUCUUGCCCAAGAUCUUUCGGUAGCGUUUCCACCGCUAUUACCCGCCACCGGCAUACAUAUCUUUCUUCUUCGACAAAAUCAACGAAAUCUCCUUUAUUCAGAAUUCAGAAAUGGUUUUCUGCCGUGGCUUCUGGUUGAUAUGCUUAUUGGGUAUUCUCCUGGCUUUGAGAGAAGAAUUCUCCGUUUUUGUUGGUUCAGCUAGUGACAAGAGGCUUAGCGGACCUGUAAUCAAUGUAACAAAGCAUCUAUCUUUCCCGAAUUUCAGCUUCAACAACAAUCCCAGAAUCGUCCAAGAUGUUAAGCUCCUAGGCAGCGCCAAAUUCUCAAAUGAAAAGGGUGCUCUCCAAAUCCCUGAUGAAGCGCAAGCAGUUGAUCUCAGACACCGAGCAGGGCGAGCCCUCUACUCCUCUCCCAUCCGCCUCCUUGACCCGCACACCGAAACCCCGGCCUCCUUCGAAACAACCUUUGCUUUUCAAUUGAACAAUGCUACCCACCUGAGUUCUGACUGCGGCGGACAUGGCGGUAGUGGCCUUACCUUCAUCAUUGUCCCGGACGAGUUCACUGUGGGGCGGUCCGGGCCGUGGCUUGCCAUGCUUAACGACGCUUGCGAGGACAACUACAAAGCUGUGGCUGUUGAGUUUGAUACGCAUCAAAGUCCCGGAUUCAGAGACCCGAAUGACAACCAUGUGGGAAUCAACUUGGGCAGCAUCAUUUCCACUAGAACAUUCAAUGCCUCCGACGUUGGUGUAGUCCUCAAGGAUGGGCUGAUUCACAGAGCUUGGAUCACCUACGAUGGUCCACGCCGUUGGAUGGACAUUCGUUUAGGAUCAGACGACGAAGAUUACCCAACAAAAUCCGUCUUCUCCGAGCCACUUGAUCUCUCGCCGUUUCUGAAAGAAUACAUGUUCGUAGGCUUCUCUGCUUCCACAGGCAACUUGACCCAAAUCCACAACGUGUUGUCAUGGAACUUCACGUCCGCAAGCCAAGCUUUUCUCCGCAUGCCUUCAACGGAAACAUGUGAGAGUAAGAUCCUGGAAGAUACUGAUCAAACUACCAAGAAGGCUCGUGCUGAACCACCAAGCAGCUUCUUGAUUUUCGUGGCUGUGGUGGCGUUGGCUCUGGUGGUUAUGCUCAGUAUGUUCCUUAACGGUAAGCGAAGACAUGAUGAAUCAAACAAUAUUGUUGUGUUGCCAGAGAUAAAACAACGGCCAACGCCUCCUAAUAAACCUCGCCGUUUCACCAUUUCUGAGAUUUCCUCUGCAACUAGGUGUUUUAGUGAGUUAGAAAUACUGGGUAGUGACUCGAGAGCCGUUUACUAUAGAGGAAAGCUUUCCAAUGGCUGCCAAGUGGCUGUCAAGCGGUUCUCAGCCCAGUUUCUGAACUCGCAGGGGUUCGAUCGGCGGCGAGUAUUGAAGGAAAUUGGCGCCAUGAGCCGGGUUCGUCACCCGAACUUGUUGCCUAUCAGAGGCUGGUGUCAAGAUAAUCGCGAAGUCAUGGUUGUGUAUGACUUCUUUACCAAUGGAAGCCUCGACAAAUGGUUGUUUGGCGUUGGUGUUCUUCCGUGGAGUAGGAGAUUCAAGGCUGUGAAAGAUGUGGCUGACGCCCUUAGUUUCUUGCACUCUAAGCAGUUAUCCCACAAGAAUAUGAAAACGAGUAGCGUCUUUCUUGAUCUUAGUUUCCGGGCAGUUUUGGGUGAUUUCGGCUUUGUGCUCUCUGGGACCGAUUCAAGACAAUUCGAAUCAGCAGUGAGUCAAAAGGUCGACGUGUUUGAAUUUGGCGUCUUUGUGUUGGAAGUGAUUGCCGGACGGAGGAGGUUGGAUUCCGAGGUGGAUCAGAAAGAGAAGGACUUGCUGGAUUUUGCGUGGAGGAUGCAUGAGAUUGAUGAGAAGGUGAAGGUGGUGGAUGGAAGAAUGGGCUCGGUGCUCAACUUGAAGCAAGCAAUUCGGGUUUUGGAAAUUGGGUUGCUCUGUACAGUAAACGAGACUAAAGGCAGGCCAUGUAUGGAGGAGGUGGUGGAGUUUCUGAGCAUGGAGGGGCCGAUUCCUGAGCUGCCACCGACAAGACCUGUUUCUUUGUUUCCCUACAACAGCUCCACCGGUCUCUGCAUUGGGAAUUCUUGUGCUCCUUUCAAGUGAACCCAUAUAUAACCAUGUUUGAAAUAGUUUGGAUGGUGAAUAAGAUUUAGAAGAUGAUGUUGUAUCAUAGGUUUGAAAUCAGGACAGAUCACAUAGAUAAUUCCGAAACUCUGUUCAAGUUUUGAUUAAUGCAAAUGUCAAUACAAGUAUCGAUUUGAACUUUGAAAUGAGGUGGAUAUAUAAAUAAAUAAGAACUGCCUGAAAGUUGGUGUGGA